UUUCUGCCUCGUGCUAUCACGUCGUGUAAAAUAGUACUAACUGAAGCACCGUACUGACAACUCCAACAGUUCAAAAGACUUCGUCAAAAUGAACUCUUUCAACAACAAGAGACCGGCUUAUAUGUAUGCCAAAGGUUUUAAGCUUGACAAAUUUCUUGGAAAUUUACAGGGUUAUAAAAUUGCCACAGGUCAAGUGAGUAAGGAAGAGCUUAGAAAUGUAUCUGAUAGAUAUGGUUCAGAUGAAGGUGUAGUGUUUGGAUCUCUCAUAACAAGUGCAUGUGGAAGUUCCAAGAACGAAGAUGUCAGGAGAGAACCACCAGCAAAGAGAAGGAGGAGAAGAAGGAGAAGAAAGCAAAACAGCAACAAAGAAGAUGCUGAAACUUUGGAUUCUGCUAGUACAGUUGUGAAGCCAAACUUAAAUUCCUCUCCUUUGACCCCUUCUGAACCACUCACUAUUCCAUCAGCACUGCUAGCGUACAAAGACUGUGACUCCUCAGAUGACAGUGAUCUUAAAGAUGACAAAGGUGGAGAUUCUUCAUCUGAAAGCAUGGAGAGUGAUGAAAGCACAGAAGAAGAUAAUAUAGAUUUUUUUGGACUAAAUUCCAAAACGGAGAACUUGAAAUCAGACAAAUCAAUAAAAACACCUGGUGAAAGUUCAAGCAGAAUUCCUUCUUUAAUUACAGUGCCGGGCCAGAAGCGUAAGGAAAGGCAGUCAAGAGGGCAGCCUUAUCAAUCAAAUCUUCCAGUACAACAGUCAGAGGUCUGGGACUCAACAAAGCUGAAAUAUAAAGAUCAAAUCAGCACAUUGUCAAGUUAUAAAUGCUGGCAGUGUAAACGUGUAGGUCACCUUCCACAAGAUUGCACUGUGAAGACUGGUAACUCCACAAUAGAAUCAGUGUUUGAUGGUGGUCAGUCCAGGGUUCCUCACAAUCAACAGAGGAAUUCUCAAGGAUCAGUUUACUCCAGCUCAUUAAAAGAAUAUUACAAAAGAUGCCAAAAGCUUCGAGAAUCGAAAGAUGUCAGGUGCAGUGAGUGUGGUGUGAGGUCAAAUUUGGCUUACUGUUUUGAGUGUGGAUUAGUUUUAUGUGAUGGUCGUGGACAUCUUAUUGAUCAUCUUUUGGAAUAUCCCAGUCAUACGAAGCUUUAUUCGUACAAGCUUCAGAGACAGAUAAAGUGUUGCAAGUCAACUUGUGAAGUAAUGGAUACGACCGAGCUGUUAAUGUGCUCCUCGUGCCUGGAUAGAGCGUUCACCAGUCAUUACUCCAUGAUCAAUGCAACCUGGUCUAGGACUGGCUUGAAAGCGAUUCCAAACGCUCUGGCUUGCGAGCAACAUUUCCAUUGGCACCGAAUGAACUGCUCCAACUCAACAGGAGAGCUCUUGGUAACGAGGGAAAAGCUCGAGAACAGCAGAACGAGGGGCGAAGGACUUCUGAGUGAAUUUUAUUUUUGAAAAAAUUUGUAAUAAUAAUAAAAAAAUGAAAUACGCUGUGGAGUUGUCUGCUCUUUCUUGCUUCCAUGGCACUCGCCAACUCUCAAUGUAUGUUUUCUUCAACGCGUACGUUGCAUGGCUAUUUUUGUUAGUUCCAAGAUGAAGCGCUUAUUGAGCCUAGUUCACACUGGCGACAUAACAAGAUAGACAUAGAGGAAAUAAGAAAGACGUCCUGUCGUUAUGUUUGCAGUAUGAACAUUCUGACAUAAUGACAUAAUAGCAACAUAACACAGCGCAUAACAGCAUGAACUUAACAGCAUAAGGAAAAAACACUGAUCUUUUCCGUAUUUCGUUAUGUCGAUGUUCACGUUACCGACAUAAGUGAUUGUACCCUUAUGUCAUUUUGUCGCUAUGUCGCUAGCGUGAACCAGGCCUUAGCGUUACCUAGAUUAAAGUGGCAACAGUAACACUCAGUAUUUCAAAGUGAUCUCAUAGCAAACAGAGUAAUUAUAUCGAGCGAGGCAGUUCAAGGGAAAACUAUCCAAACAAUGAUUCAAAUCAACUAUUGUUUUUAAUUAUAAUCUUUUGAACUCUGUGUUACAAUCUUAUCUGCGUGAAUGUCAGCUAAUGAUAUUUGAAAUGUCACAUUCUAUGUUACUAACUCUGCUUUCUGUCGUCAGAACAGUAAAUAACUUAAACACGUGACGAGAAUUAAAGAAUUAAGCUAUAUUAUAUGUGUUUAUAUUGGCAGCAGUUUGUAUUCAGAAGUUCUGAUCCGCACAAGCCUUCUUAAUCUGUAGAGGGGUUCUUUUGCAAAACGAACUUUACAGUAACUGCCGAAUUCCCAAAGGAAUUCUGUCGUGUUUUGUUUAAUCAGGUUUGAAGGGAUGUAGAAAAGUUUCUUCCAAGAAAGGAAGUGUCAGAAUAACAUUAAAGCAGAAAAUGCCAAAAAA